AUGGCUCUCGACCCCUCGAACGGCUACGUAGCCGCACGAAACCUACAAGACCUGAACGAGAUUGCGCUGCCUAUCUUCAAUGUCGAGCGGGUGCAGCUCCAGUUCUCGAUAGCCUCCGACUUCGUUGCCGCGCAAGUCGCAAACAAUGUCCUGGUACUCGCGCUUUCAAAUGGCAGGAUCCUGCGCAUAGAUUUAGAUAAUCCGGCGGAUAUCGAUGAUAUCGAUUUACCAAAGAAGACCUCCGAGGUUGGCGUGAUACGGCGCAUGUUCCUUGACCCUACUGCGUCCCACUUGAUUAUAUGUACGGCGCUGGGAGAGAAUUACUACCUCCAUACACAAUCUCGACAGCCCAGGCCUCUAUCCCGACUUCGUGGUGUGUCAAUCGAGACUAUAGCAUGGAAUCCAGCGUUACCAACCACUUCGACCAGGGAGAUCCUCAUUGGAGCGGCUGAUGGCAAUAUCUACGAAGCAUAUAUCGAGACGUCUACGGAAUUCUACAGAAAGGAAGACAAGUACUUGAAGACGCUGUUGAAGUACCCAGAUGGUUCCAUUACUGGGCUCUUUGUGGACGGGGUGACGGAUGCACGAAAGCCGGAUAUUCGAAGAGUCCUGAUUGCUACGCAUUCCAGGCUCAUACAUCUUGUUGGAAAGAUUGGGAGGACAAGCCAUGAAGGAGGAGCAUCAAUUUUCACUAAGCUGUUUGAUACAGAACAACCGGUAGUGCAUGAGAUCUCGAGGGUGUCCACGACUGCGCCUUCAUCCCUAGUGGUAUCUCCAGACGCUCCAGACUCAAAUUCGUUAGAAAGUCUGGCUCCUGAUAGGAUAUUUGCAUGGCUUUCUUCUCAAGGAACUUUCUAUGGUCGAUUGCUCACGUCACCAGCGACGACUGAGCUAGGCACCAAAGUGUUUGCAGAGUCAAAACUGCUGCCUAAGUCACAGCUUCCAGCUGCGGAGUUUGCCAAGGGUCGGAAAAAACCUGUCCAGGAUGCCAUUGAUUCGAUUGUAUUGACCCAAUGGCACAUUGUGCACCUGGUGGGCGGACGACUGAUUGCCAUCAAUCGACUCAACGAUGAAGUGGUAUUUGACCAAGUAGUUCUAGAUCCGGGACAGCAGGCUCUAGGUCUUUUUGCAGAUCAACAGAAGAACACUUUCUGGCUGUUCACCACCCAAGAGAUAUAUGAGAUCGUUGUCACGGACGAGGAUAGGGACGUUUGGAAGGUCAUGUUGAAGACAGAGCAUUUCGAUGCUGCAUUAAGAUAUGCUCGGGGACCAAGUCAGAAAGAUGCUGUGGCUACUGCCUCAGGUGAUUAUCUGGUCAGCAAAGGCUCUUACCUCGAGGCGGCUGGGGUCUAUGGCAAGAGUAGCAAGCCAUUUGAGCAAGUGGCACUCAUAUUUGUCGACAAUGAUCAGCAAGAUGCGUUACGGAAGUAUUUACUUACAAAGAUCACAACGUACAAGAAGUCGUCGGUCAUGCAAAGGAUCAUGAUUGCGAGUUGGCUGGUAGAGAUAUACAUGUCCAAGCUCAAUUCGCUCGAUGACACAAUCAUCACCAAGGCUGAGCUGUCGGAAACGCUCAAUCCUGCCCAGACGAAAGAUCAGCUGGACACCAUUCGAACCGAGUUUCAAGACUUCGUGAAGAAGUACAAGUCAGAUUUGGAUCGAAAGACUACAUAUGACAUUAUCAGCAGCCAUGGGAGAGAAGACGAGUUACUCUUUUUUGCCAGUGCUGUUAACGACUACAACUAUGUUCUUGGGUACUGGAUGCAGAGAGAACGAUGGAUGGAAGUUCUGGACGUUCUGAAGAAGCAAACAGAGCCAGAGAUCUUCUAUCGAUAUAGCAGUGGAUUGAUCACACAUGUCGCUGUCGACCUUGUAGAUAUCCUCAUGCGACACUCCGAUCUGAAACCCCGAAAUUUGAUCCCGGCGUUACUUAAUUACGAUAGGAAUUUCCAGGGACCAUUGUCCCAGAAUCAAGCGGUGCGAUACCUCCUACACGUCAUCAACCAGCUUAACUCGACAGAUGCAGCUGUCCACAACACACUCAUCUCCAUUUACGCAUCUCACCCGUCGAAGGACGAGUCAGCUCUGCUCUCAUACCUGGAAUCUCAAGGUGAUGAACCAAGUUUCGAUUCUGACUUCGCCCUACGACUGUGCAUUGAACAUUCCCGUGUCCAGUCAUGUGUCCACAUCUACAGCACAAUGGGUCAGUACCUCCAAGCCGUCGAGCUUGCCCUCGCGCAUUCCGAAAUCGACCUUGCAUCUCUCGUGGCCGAUAGACCAGUCUCCAAUCCCGCCCUCCGAAAGAAGCUGUGGCUAGCAGUAGCCAAAAAAGUUAUAUCGCAAUCAAAUGGCAUCAAAACCGCUAUUGAGUUUUUGAAACGCUGCGACCUGCUCAAGAUCGAGGACCUCAUCCCCUUCUUCCCUGAUUUUGUCGUAAUCGAUGAUUUCAAAGAAGAGAUCUGUGCCGCUCUGGAAGACUACAGUCGUAAUAUCGACAGUCUGAAAAAAGAGAUGGAUGAAUCUUCCCAGACGGCUACGAAUAUCAAGAUUGAUAUUGCAGCUCUAGACCAUCGAUACGCUAUUGUUGAGCCGGGAGAGAAGUGCUACGAUUGUGGGCUACCUCUGCUGAGUCGGCAGUUCUUCGUGUUUCCUUGCCAGCACGCAUUCCAUAGCGACUGUCUGGGACGGAAAGUAAUGGAGCAGGCUGGAAUAGGGAAGAGCAAGCGGAUCAGGGAGUUGCAGGGUUUGGUCAGCAAGGGAAUGGUGACAGGUGCGAAGAGAGACAGGUGUAUUGCGGAAUUAGAUGGGUUGGUGGCUAGUGCUUGUAUUCUCUGCAGCGAUUUUGCGAUAAAACGCAUCGAUGAGCCGUUCGUGCUCGAUACGGAUGAUAGGAACGAGUGGGCAUUAUAA